AUGAGGCGAGCACAGCGGAACCACCGAGGAGGACCGACCGCCGCCAUCCUGUCCGCCAUCGUGUGCCUGAGCGCCGCCGUCAGUACGAGGGCCGCCAUCAUAUUCAGCAAGCAGCCAUCAUCUCAGGAUGCUUUAAAUGGAAGAAGUGCCUUUCUGCGCUGCGAGGUGGAGGACCCCUCCGGAGUACAGUUUGAAUGGUUCCACAAUGGAGCCCCCUUAAUAGACACCGAGCGGCGAUACCACGAGGGGGGCAGUCUGACAAUCACAGCUGUGGACAGGAAACUGGAUGGCGGGAGCUUCCAAUGCGUGGCGAAAAAUCCAAGUACGGGAGAGGAAGCGCACAGCGUCAAUGCUUCUUUCAAUAUUAAAUGGAUCGAGAGUGGAGCUGUGUCCUUGCAGAACCCAAGCAGCAUUGCUGAUAUUCAAAACCUAUCACCAGUCACUCUACGUUGUCACAUUGAUGGGCACCCACGUCCGCUAUGUCAGUGGUACCGAGAUGUGACGUCACUGGCAGAUGAUGGGCAGUCCCAUUCCAUUAAUAACAAGGAGCGCACUCUGACCAUACACAGCGCGGGGCCCGAUGACAGCGGAGAGUAUUACUGCUGUGCGAACAACGCGGCCGGAGCCGUCUGCAGCAACCAUAACUUCACACUGAAUAUAAUCGAUGAAAGUUCCCCUCAGGCUGAGAUCAUCCCUGAAGAUCAGAUUGUCAAUAAGAAUGAAGAUGCCAUCUUCCACUGUAAAUUCACCGCAGUGCCGCCUCCUGUACUGGAGUGGUUCUUCAAAGACAACAGCUCACUGGUGAACAGAAAUCGGAUCACCGUCUUCCAGAAUGGCUCCCUUCACAUCAGUUCUGUCGGUGUGCGUAAUACCGGCACCUACCGCUGCGUGGGGACAGGACAACGGGGCAAGCAGCUCACUCUGCAAGCAAAGCUUAGCCUGGCCAAAAUCGAGGACAUGCGCCCCUUGUCUCCCCGGAUUCUCACCGCCGGCUCAUUGCACCACGUCAUCUGCAGGCAGCCAGACGGACUGCCGACACCUACUGUGUGGUGGACGAGGAGUGGGCAACGUGUUCCGGAGCAGGGGAGGGUGUACCAGACUGGCUAUGAAUUGGUUUUCAGUCCCAUAAUGGAGGAGGAUACUGGGGUGUACACAUGCCACGCUGCAAACAAGGCUGGCGAGAGACAACAGGAUCUGGAAAUCACUGUGGCAACAAUUCCUGUGUGGGUGGAGAUGCCUCGGGACACAGGGAUGGAUGAAGGGAAGUCUGGAUUCUUACACUGCCUCAGUACAGCAUCUCUGGAGCCGAGCGUCACCUGGUAUCGGAACGGAUUUCCUAUUUCCUCGGAUUCCCGAUUCCAUAUCUUCCAGAAUGGAACACUGAAAAUCCUGAAUGUGGAGGUGUAUGAUGGGACCGUGUACAAGUGUAUGAGCAGCACGCCGGCUGGCAGCAUUGAUGCUUCAGCUCGAGUCGCUGUACAAGAGAACCUGAAGUUCACUCCGCCCCCUCAGUCUCAGUGCUUGGAGCUGGAUAAAGAGGGGACUGUCCAAUGUUCUGCAAAGGGGCGAGAGAAACCCACAAUCCACUGGAUGAGAGCAGAUGGAAGUAACUUACCUCCUCAUGUGGGUUCUGAGGCCGGUCUUCUGCGCUUUCACCGCGUCACCCGUAGUGAUGCUGGAAAUUACACCUGUAUUGCUUCUAACAGCCAGCAGGGGGAGAUAAAAACCACGGUGCAACUUUCAGUGGCAGUCUACAUCAGCUUCCAAAUUGUUCCGGAGAACACCACAGUCUACCGGGGAAAUGCCGCGAUUCUGCACUGCCAGGCCACUGCUGAACCUCUUCCGCAAAUUCAUUGGCGAGGACGUGAUGGCUUGUUAGAUGGCAGCAAACCAAAUCAGAGGAUCCAGGUCAUGCCCAAUGGCUCUCUUGUUGUUUAUCAUGUGUCCAGCGAGGACUCUGGGAAAUACACUUGCAUUGCCGGCAACGCUUGUAACAUCAUGCACCGCGAUACCUUCCUCUAUGUCGUAGAAAAGCCCGUUGAGCAGCAGGAUCAGAACUUCAACCCCCCGUAUGAUAUGAUCCGCACAGUCAGUCUGUCGGUGUGCGCUGCAGUGGUGUACAUUAUUAUCGUACUUGGGCUCAUGUUCUACUGUAAGAAACGCCGCAAAGCAAAAAGACUGAACAAGAAGGAUGGAGAAGAGCCAGAAAUGGAGUGUCUGAAUGGUGGUCCCACACUACACAAUGGACAGACCACUGCUGAGAUCCAGGAGGAAGUGCCGCUCACCACACUGACAAACAAGAGACUGAGUUCCGGAGAUAAAAUCAACUUCCCCCGAUCCAACCUUCAUCCAAUCACUACACUAGGUCGUGGUGAGUUUGGUGAGGUGUUCCUUGCUAAGGCUCAGGGCAUUGAUGCCAGUGGGAAAGAUGCCGUGGUCCUGGUAAAGGCUUUGCAGACUCGCGAUGAACAGCUACAGAUGGACUUCAGACGGGAAAUGGACAUGUUUGCUAAACUCAACCACGCCAACGUGGUACGAUUACUGGGUCAGUGCCGGGAGGCGGAGCCACAUUACAUGAUUCUGGAAUACGUGGACCUGGUGAGUGUGGAUGACCAGAUUGAUUCCAUUGUCUAGAGCUGGCGACAGAGCUGUCAUUCAGCUGAUCUCUUCCUGCAGGUUCGCUGUGCUCACAGGUGGCUCUGGGCAUUGAACAUUUGUCCAACAACCGCUUUUGGUGCAACAAUGAUCAUGGCUUGCACUAAUUGUCUGGUCGCGCCCAGCGGUGGUGAAAGUCUCUGCUUGUGUGGGUGAACAAGGAAGUAUAUAACAGUGUAAACUACCGGACCUCCCACCGGACAGGCCUGGGUGCCCCUACGCUGGAUGACACCCAGUAGCGUGCCGUACAGGAAGAUGACUUUUCGCCAACCAGAUAUCUGACAUCUUGUUCAUUCGGAGGUGCUGAUUUGGGCAAAGUCUUCAGUGUUGGGGGAGAGUGCCCCUAUAACCGCCAUGGCUGAUGAACGAUAGCCAACUGGUGCUAUCCGGUUUACAAGACACGGCUCCAUGAUGCUUUCAGCCCGGGGUGGUAAUUGUUCUUCCCCGUUUUCUACAGCUGAAGCAGCGCUGCUGGGGCUUCGACCCCCAAAAUUUUUUUUUUCCCCCCUUCAUUCAGUGAAAUUGAAAAAUUUAUUUCUCGGGGGACCCCCCUUUGCGGCGGGAAAAAGGUGUG